CGAGACGCGGUAGCACACUCACCAUGUUGGUUCACAAGUUACUUGCGUCCAUUAUUUUCCUUUUUGGAACUGUGACAGUUCUCUGUCGGAAUCCAAAGUCAGAUGCUUUUCAGAAUACCUUAGGCCAUAUCAAGCCUCAGACUUCGCAAGAAAUACAGGCUGAGGCUGCCAGAGGUGUUACUGAAAGAUUAUUGGGGACUAAUCGUGCUAGACAAUUCAUGAUGAUGGUUAAUCCUGAUAUUGGCCCUAUCGACAAGGACACAUUUUUGAUCAAGAAAAAUUCCCUUGGUCAAGUGGAAAUCCUUGGUACUUCUGGUGUGGCUAUCACUUGGGGCUUACAUUACUACCUCAAGAACUAUUGCAAUGUUCACAUCUCAUGGGAGGGGAAUCAAAUACAGCUUCCCAAGACUUUACCGAAUGUUCGAAUAAAAGUCACGUCUAACGACAGAUUUAGGUACUAUCAGAACGUGUGCACCCUGGGCUACACCUCCGCAUGGUGGGAGUGGGAUCACUGGGAAAAGAACAUCGACUGGAUGGCCCUUAAUGGAAUCAAUUUGGCACUUGCUUUUAACGGGCAAGAGGCUAUCUGGCAAAGGGUAUACUCGGAAUUGAACUUCUCUUCUGACCAGAUUAACGAGCACUUCAGCGGGCCAGCAUUUUUACCUUGGUCCAGAAUGGGUAACAUUCGAGGCUUUGGCGGACCUUUAAGUCCAAGCUGGCACGAAAACUCGAUUCGACUGCAACAUCAGAUCCUUCAGAGGAUGAGGGAGUUAGGGAUCAUCCCUGUCUUGCCUGCUUUCGCAGGUCACGUGCCCAGGUCCUUCCCCAAGGUCUUCCCGAACGCCAACGUGACCAAAGUUACGGCAUGGAACAAUUUCUCAGAUAAAUAUUGUUGCCCCUAUCUUUUGGAUCCCACGGAUCCACUGUUCCGAAAAAUAGGACAAUUAUUUUUGAAAACGUACAUCGCAGAGUUUGGGACUGAUCAUAUUUACAAUUGCGACACAUUCAACGAGAACGAACCCCAUACCAGUGAAAUCAAAUUUUUGACAAACGUAGGACACUCGAUUUUCGAAGCUAUGACUGAUGUUGAUCCUCAAGCGAUAUGGUUAAUGCAAGGAUGGAUGUUCGUUCAUGAAGCUUCCUUCUGGAACGAGGGCAGAAUCGAAGCUUUCUUAACCUCUGUCCCAUUGGGAAGAAUGAUAGUACUGGACUUGCAAUCAGAACAAUUCCCGCAAUAUGUUAGACUGAAGUCGUACUAUGGUCAACCAUUCAUUUGGUGCAUGUUGCACAACUUCGGUGGUACACUUGGAAUGUUUGGCUCUGCUCCAAUUAUCAAUCGACAAGUUUUCGAAGCAAGGAACAUGAAAAACUCUACAAUGGUGGGGACAGGCUUAACACCGGAAGGCAUAAACCAAAACUACGUUAUCUACGAGUUGAUGAACGAGAUGGCUUAUCGACAGGAACCUGUCAACUUGGAUAAAUGGUUCGAGGACUAUAGUAGUCGAAGAUACGGCGCAUGGAACGAGUACGCUGUUGAAGCAUGGAAGAGCCUGGGUAGGACGGUGUAUAGUUUCUCAAGCACCCGGAAAAUUAGAGGGAAAUAUGUAAUUACUAGACGACCGAGCUUAGGUCUCGUGCCAUGGACUUGGUAUGAUCCAGAAACAUUUUAUCACACCUGGUACGUGUUCCUACAAGCGAGACACGGAAGGCAAAACAGCACCCUCUAUCGUCACGAUGUGGUAGACAUAACUAGACAAGCUCUGCAGCUGAAAGCGGACGAAAUUUACACUGACUUGAUGGAAGCAUAUGAUAAGAAGAACGCCAUUAGGGUUAAAUUUCAGGCUAUUCAACUGUUGAAAGUGUUUACUGACCUUGAGAACAUCUUAGCAUCCGGUAAAAACUUCCUAUUGGGAACCUGGCUAGAAAUGGCAAAAAAUAUGGCUACUGACGAGGCGGAAAUGAAAUUGUAUGAGUACAACGCGAGAAACCAGAUUACUCUAUGGGGACCCAGUGGUGAGAUAAGGGACUAUGCCAACAAACAAUGGUCUGGAGUUGUCGCGGAUUACUUUAAACCCCGCUGGGCUCUUUUCUUGGAUAGCCUUGUAAAUAGUGUGGCUACAGGAAUAAAGAUGAAUAUCACAAAUGUCAACUUGGAGAUAUUUCAAAAAGUCGAACAGCCGUUUACGGUCUCUAGAAAAGUUUAUCCAACAGAAACAACAGGUGACAGCAUAGAUAUAGCCCUGCAGAUUCUAUCCAAAUGGUAUUACCAGCCAAGUGUUAAUUUAUUCAAUACUAAAAAGGUUUUUAAUAAUAUAAGAGGUUAGGGAAAAAUGUAACGUCAACUACAGGUUCUAUAGCUGAACUCAUUAGCUACAUUCAAUUUAAAAGUUAUAU